UGAAUUGGCGCGUCAAAAGGGCUUGAUUGAACCACGCUGGGUCAGAGGGGAUUAGAUCGAGCAGAAGUUGGAACAGGGCAAGAGUUCCAGACCAAGAGUGCAGUGAGGGAGUGAGUUUACCAGAUCCAGGAGAUGAACCGUUUGCUAUGUGUUGUGUUGCUGUGCGCUUUGUGCGGUAGAAGUGCAGCUAUAACACAAAUCUCUUAUGUCCCUGAAAUUGUGUCAGAUACUGUACUAGGGCGAAUCUCACAAACAACAGUUGCACUUGAACAGCCGCUCUGUGUGUUUAACAGUUCAGGAACAGGCUGUGUGAACUGUGAUGUUUGGCUGCUCGUGGCUAACUUGGCGGGAGUUGCAGCAUUUAAUAAUAUCAAAAAUGAAUUUGUGGAUCCUUCACUUUUUACGUACCAAGGUGCUUUCACUGGAUCAAAUGGUUUUUACUUCACUGUUAAAACAAAAAGGAAUGUUUACUCUUGUCCACCAACUGCUAUUCCUGGCCAGAUCUUAACUUUGCGAGUUGGGUCAGAAGUGCCCUGUACAACUCCAAAUUGCAAUGCACCAUUACCUACUGGUGGGAAAUUCCGAAUGAAGUAUGUUUUGAUUGAUCCUGAUAGAAGUCCAAGCAAUAUUGUUGCAGAAACGCAAUUUACAGAUGAGAUCAUGCUGCUAAAUGCUACAGAUCCCAAUAUCAUUGACCCCUUUUUGAGUCGCAGUGGGGGGAUGGUUGUCAUAACAACAAUUCUCUCCAUUCUGCUCUUCCUGCUGCUGGCAAUGUUUGCAGCUAUGCUCGCCAUGGCUUGUUGCAAAAAAUCUGUAAUGUCUGACUUCCCUGAACCUAUAACCACGUUUGGUUCCCUCCGAGAAUAUAACACUCACAGCUUGCAGAAAAGACCGGGUGUCAUUACUCCAAAGGGCAUGAUGUAAAGCAGUGUCUGUGGUUGAACCACAGACUGUGGACAGGAAUCUGGCAGCCUCAUUCCUCCUUGGUCUCUCCAACUACCCAAUUUCACAAUUACAGUGGAAUACUCAUGUAACUAUGGUGUUUGGAAUGAUGAAGUGUCUUUACGCUGAUGAUUCAAAUGUCGAGGUGUGAACUCCUUAAGGUUAACAUUUUUUCCUUUUACAUAGUGCCAGUGUUCUUUCUGAAUAACAGUGCAAUACAAAAUAUUGUUGAAUUCAGUUUGUUGAAGCUUUUUUUUCUUGCACUCAGCGCAACAUUUGCAAGAAUAACAAAGCCAAGAGGGACAACCUUUAUAUUGUCUGAGAAGGCUCUACUAAUUAGUUGGCAAGUGCACUCUGGUAGAAACUUUGACAUGGAGAAUUACCAGUUAGAUGAUGACUGACACUUAACUGCCAAGUUUUAUUUAAACUUAAAUUGUGUUGAUUCUGACUGCCUCGGGAAAUGUACCAAUGAUUAAUUGUUGUCUGUUUUGUCAUGAUUGCAAGACAAAAAGCUUCAACAAAAUAUCUUUUGUUAGCAGUACUCUACUGUUUUGUACAAAAACAACUAUUUGCAAUAUAAGGUAUUAAAAAAAUCUUUGUCUUUACAGUGGAGGAGUAAAUGUUUUAGACCUCUUUCAAUCCCACUCAACCGCUAGCUGCUGUUUUGGCUUUAGAGUACCGUUUUAAUUGUUACCCCAAAAGGAAUACAAGGUCGUGAUUACAGAUUCUGGUUCUUGUCAUUGUUUCAAUUAGAAUCUAAAUCAGUCAUUCACAAACCCAACAUGUUAGAGUUUGACUCUUUCUCUUUAUGUUCUUCUGAUAGCAUUUUGCACUCUUUCAACCAAGUAAGGGGGAGGGGUGGCUGUAUUACUGGACGCUAAAGAUACGGUCCAAUCUUAUCCUUUUCAGCAUCUGAGAUGCUGCUUUUCCCUGGGAAUUAUGCUGGUAACUGGGUUUAUACUAAUUUCUGAGAAACACCUUUUUUUUUUUUGUUUCUUUGAAUGCCUGGAGCCCAGGUAAAGGCCCCUUUGUGUCUGGAUCAUUGUGCCAAGGUGAGAAUUUGGUUCAGUUGGUUUUACCUUGAUGCAAUGUGGCCUAAGAACACCACCUACUCCAUGGCUAAAGCAUUUACUCCUCCCAUUUUCUCUCGGUCAGCUUUCCUUAUUUUGCGAAUUAUGCUUUAUUUCUUCCAUUUGAAAUAUUUCCUGUACAGCGUACAGCUAAUAUCUUUUAGCUGUUUGUUUUUUUUUAAAAUACCAUAUGCUGCUCGAUCAAUUAAACACUCCUGAUGCAGAGCUUCACAGAACAGGAGUGUGUGUAGGAGUUUGGGAUGGGAAACCCAGUUGGUUAUGUUUGACAUCCAUAUCACAUUCCAAUCAUGUGCAGCUCUGCGCUGUGGGAAACUAGUUAGUAGUAUUGACCCAUUGCUUUAAAGUCAGCUGGAACAGUUCCAGAUGUUGGUGGCCUCUCGUUUUCCAACACUUUGAAGUCAAACUGCCAGAGGAAGUAAUAGAUGCAGGUACAGUUACAACAUAUUUAAAAGACAUUUGGACAGGUACAUGAAUAGGAAAGAUUUAAAGGGAUAUGGGCCAAAAGCAGGCUGGUGGGACUAGUUUAACUUGGGGAAACUUGGUCAGCACAGACUAGUUGGACCAAAGGGUCUGUUUCUGUGCUAUAUGAUUAAAUCAUAACCUAAAGAACUUGGAAUGUAAAUGUGUUUGCAUCUGAAACUAGAAUCUAAGAUCCAAUUGGUUUUGUACAGAUUUGCUUCAAGAUUUAAUGAGUUUGGCAAUGAGACAAAAUGAGUUGUGAAUGUUCUGUGGAAACCAAGAAUCAUUUCUGACUUCAUCCUUCCAUUUUAAACUUGACAAGUGAUCUCCGACUCUUGCUUAAUGCUCUCAACUGUGAAUACAUUUGAAUUUCAUACGUUUAGGCCAUUGGCACAAUAUUAUCAGGAUUGCAUCUUGUAUAUAAAAAUUUUUAGUUAGGCAUUGAAUGUUGAUGACAUCAGGAGUUUCUCAUUAUUGAAAUUUUAUGGAUAAAUUCCAAUCGAAAAGCCAAAGAGCUAUGUAUAUAACAACCAGCUUUAUACUUGUACUGUGCUUAAGAAGUUUGCUGAUACUUGACAGGGAGGGACCUUGGCGUUUUCCCCCACAUUGUCCCACAAAAUUCCACACCCAGACUUUCCCACUGAGUAAAUUCAGUCAGUAGUGCCUCCCAAAAUAGGUAUUCCUGGAGGUAUCAGGAGUUAUUUCCAGUCUCCAUCCCCAUAGCAAGAGACUAUGUGAAGGCUGUUGUCACUGUUGUUAAUGAUGUGACACUCUGAGGUCGAGGAGAAAGUAGUCCCCCUGACCUAACUCUUGUUUACAAGUCAACCCAGAAUGGGACAAAAUACACUAAAUAAAUCAAGCAAAAAAAGCCUUGUAGUGCAUUAAGUUCUCAUCCACAUUCCUCCAUGGGUUUAUCCAACAUUUCUUUGGAAAAAGGCUUCCUUUCAGAAUUCUAAUGAACAGCAUUGACAAACUAACAUCAUCCUGUAGAUAAAGAACAAAUAAAACCCCACAAAUGUUAGAAAACUGAUCACGUUUGCCUCCUCUUCAUGCUGAAUUAUUACAAAUGAACAGCAAUUAAAUAGAAUGAGAGAUGGGGCAAGAUGAAUGGGAUGCACAGGGGGGCUGUUUUUGGUUCUAGAAAGUCCUUUUGACUUCUCUUUACUUUGAAUCUCAUUGAAGGCAGAAACUGAGAAACUAUUUAUCGAGUGUUUGGUGUCUCCUGGAUUCAUUUAAAAUUAAAUGUGUUAAAGUGCACCUCACAAUACACCACCAGCAGGAUAGACUGAGCUGUUAGUAGAACCACCCUGUUUUGAAAUAUCUUGUGUCUAUUAUAAUAUUUUAUCUAUUACUUUUAUAUAUUGUUGUAUUAUUGAAAAUCUUUUGACCAAUCUGAAUUCUGUAGGGAAUGUGUAAGCUUUAUCUGAAUAGAAAAUGAUUAAGCAAGAAAACAGUUCACUUCUGAAUUUAUCUUCUAACUAUUGUUAAAUAAGUGAGGGGUAAGAUCUAACAGCUGUCCUUUUUGUUUAACCUACUGCUGUCUGAGGAGAGAAGUAUCUUUAACUUGGACACUCCAGGCUCCAGUUCUUGUCUGGAACUGAAGGGGAUGGGAUAUCUGGGGUGGAAAAGGUUGUCAGCUCUCCGGAUGGGAAAUAUUCCUGGAGGUAUCAGGAGUUAUUUCCAGUCUCCAAACAGCCCAUUCCCAUACUCGCGUCAUGAGUUACUUCAUGUGUGUAUUAUUGUGGUUCAAAGUGACAUGUAAUCAAAUUUAUUAUCUAACUAACCCUUGACACUUGGCAAUUUUGGGGUUUGCAAUAAAAGUCUUCAAUUGUG